GUCACUCCUGUCCCCAGACCAACAAGAAGACCGGCCAGCCCAUGAUCAAUCUCUACACUGACCGCGAGACCGGGAAGCUCAAGGGCGAAGCCACCGUGUCCUUCGACGACCCGCCCUCGGCCAAGGCCGCCAUCGACUGGUUCGACGGGAAGGAAUUUUCGGGGAAUCCCAUCAAGGUGUCGUUCGCCACGCGCCGCGCCGACUUCAGCCGAGGCGGCGGCCGGGGCCGCGGCCGGGGAGGCCCGCUGGGCCGCGGCGGGUUCGGCUCCGGCUCCGGCGGCCGCGGCGCCUUCACGGGCGGGGGAGGGGCGCAGCAGAGAGCGGGGGACUGGAAGUGCCCCAACCCGUGA